AUGGCCCUCGUCACAGACAAGAAGGGCCUGGUCCUCGCAAGGAUUCCAGGAACCUCAGUUCCCUUGGUUCACACCAUUUUUGGCGCGUCCGCCUUCAUUCUCGCCCUCUUCAUCGGAUGCUACGGCCACUACUACAAGAUCGUCAAGAAUGGCGUCGCCGGCUAUCCCGAUGAAUGGUUCCCCAGUGUUAGCGCCACUACAGGAGACUGGUACCCUGAACGCAACAUCUGCCAGAUCUUUAUCGCCCUGGCCUCUGGUCCUCGUUUGGGGUUGUGCUACCUCUGGUACUUGUUGACUAUCCGCAAUGUCCCCGCGGACGGCUCCAAGGGCUUUGCCAAGUUCCUCUUGACUAACGACAUUGUCAGGACAAUUGCCUGUGGUGGAUGGGUCUACAUUACCUCUUCGGACGAUCACGACAUCCACGACAUUGCCAUGAUUGUCUACCUGCUCUGCACCAUCCCUCACGUUGUUGGCACCAUCAAGACCGCCCCUCAGAACCCCAAGGCCCAGCAGUACAGAAAAUUGUUUGCCUACACGUUCUUCGGAGCAUUGAUCCCCAUGGUCUACUUUUUCAUCCAGCAUAAUGUCCACCGCAUUCCUGGAGCAUACACCUACUAUGCCUUCUUUGAGUGGUCUCUGAUCUUCUCGGACCUCGCCUUCGAUGCCGUCUGCCUGAUCGACUUUGAGACCUUCGAGUUCCGUGUAGUCGACAUUGGCAUGGGUGGCAAGCGGGAGGGUAACAGCAGCGCCCUGAAUGACCUCAAGACUUACGGAGGAAGCGAAAAGGGUGUCGGAGCUGCCAUCGGAAGCAUCAAGCCUUUCGAGAUCAUCUCCUUUGCCGCCGAUGUCUACCUUGGCUUUGUUUUCUGGUCGAUGUUGACUUCGUUGCCUCUUAUGAUCUGGUACUUCCCCCUCUGGCACAUGGGUAUUUCGGGAUAUGAGGCCUUCCUCUUCUGCAACGUCACUGCUGGGCUGUUGGGCUUGAACUUCCUUCGUCGUGGAAUUGAGCGCUACAAGGGCAUUGUUCAUUUGCUUUCCCUGGUCGGAGUUCUUUCUUACAAGAUUGCCGAUCCAGCCCACCGCCUUAUGGCUGUUGCCGCCGGUGUCUCACUCUCCCUUCUUACCUGGGGCGCCACCUUCUUUGGCCAGCGCCAUCAAAAUGGACGUGCCGAGCGUGGUGUCUUGACCUUGGCCUUGGGUCUUAUCCUUCAUAACGUCGUCAAACAGGCUUGGUGGGCCAACAACCCCAUCUGGCCCAUCAUGAACGAGAACACCGGUGGUCAAAACAUGAUCGGAUUGGUGCUGGGAGUUCUCGCUGCUGUCCAGGUCAUGCUGCGCAAAGAACCUGGUACGGACGAACCCCAGACCAUCGAGAGUCACAAGAAGGGUGAGAGCUGGCUCUUGGCUGCUAUCGGCGGUGGUGGAUACCUCUUCUGCCUCCACUCCAUGUUUACUGACUCGACCACUAUCAGCCGUUGGUCUCUUGGCGGAUACCCCAACACUGGUCCUCAGCCCGUCCCUGGCGGAUUGAUGGUGAUUGCUGCUAUGGCCAUGGGUCUUACUCUCUCUUCGAAGCGCCGUUGGGUCACUUCCUUGAUCUGGUGGGCUAUUGGAACCGCCGGUCUCGCUGUUCUCCAUUUCAAUGAGGGCGACAUUGGUUUCGCGGGUGGAAUCGUCUUUACCGUAUAUGCUCUGUCGCUCUUUCCCGCCCUCUUCCGCUCAUUGUCUCGUCAGCCCCCAGGUCGCACCUUUUUAUUGGCUAUGCUCGUCUACAACUUUUUGGCCUUGGCUCACGUAUGGGUUGUCGCAUAUGCCUUUGUCCCCGGUGGUGAGGUCAUGAGAGAGCGCACCGACUAUGUCUUGAUCGCCAUGCAGACCUGCUUGUUGCUCGGAAUCUUCAACUCCAACUCUUCUGCCUGGACAGUCAUCUCCGAGGCUAAGGCUCGCUCUUCCUUCAACGCAGCUCGUGUUUAUGCCAAGCUCUCCUUGGUCGGUUUGGUCCUCGCCUCGAUUGGUGUAUGCUACAACCGCCUUCCCAAGUCAACUCCUCAGCCUCACCACCCCGAGCACAAGCUCAUUACUGCCGGUAUUUGGACCAUCCACUUCGCUAUCGACAACGACAUGUACAGCAGUGAGCUCCGUAUGCGCGAUGUCAUCAGGGAUUUGGAGCUCGAUGUCAUUGGUCUCUUGGAGUCUGACUUGCAGAGGAUCAUCAUGGGCAACCGUGACUUGACUCAGUUCUUGGCUGAGGACCUCAACAUGUAUGCUGACUAUGGUCCAGGUCCUACCAAGCACACCUGGGGAUGCACUAUGCUCUCCAAGUUCCCUAUCAAGCGCUCGACGCACCACCUUUUGCCCUCGCCUAAGGGUGAGCUUGCUUGCGCCAUCCAUGCUACUUUGGAUGUCUAUGGCAAAGAGGUCGAUGUCAUUGUCUCUCACAACGGUCAAGAGGAGGAUCUUUUGGAUCGUCAGUUGCAGACCACUGAGUUGGGUCGUAUCAUGCGCGAGUCUGACAAUCCCUUCUUGUUCUUGGGAUACGUCGUCACCACGCCUGGUAAGGGACAGGAGAUCUACGAGCUGUUGAUGGAUGGAGGCCAUGUUCACGAUAUCGAGGUCUCGGACUGGGAUCGCUGGUGCCAAUACCUCGCCUUCCGUGGCGUCAAGCGUACUGGGUACGCCCGCGUCUCCCACGGAGGUAUUACCGAUACCGAGAUCCAGGUUGGCAAAUACCAGCUCUUGGAGGAUCACCCCACCUCCUGGGACCGGUCUCAGUCGAUCGAGGACUUCAAGAAGGAGGAGACAUAUGCCCAGAUCUCGGAACACCAAGUUCCCGAGGGUCUUCGAUUCCCUUCCAUGUUCUAUGGCGAGGGUGUUCGGAAGCACCGCUUCCAUGUCUUUGACCGUCCUUACUACUACGCAUAA